AUGGUGUUGGGAUUGAUAAAUGAGAUCCAACAAUAUCUCGAUGCGAGGUAUAUUGGACCUCUAGAAGCUACUUGGCUAAUAUUUGGUCAUCCAUUGCAUGCAGAGAUACCAACAGUUGUACGCUUAGCACUUUAUUUACCUGGAAUGCACCGCGUUCUUUUUAAUCCUAAUGAAUCAUUAGAAGAACAGGGAAAACGUUUUUUGUAUAAUACAAUUGCAUUAAGGUGUCGUAGCCUUGGCCAUAUUGUUAUUACUAUGGCUUUAUCUGGAAUUGCAUCAUUGUUAUUGGUAGGAGGUCGCACUGCUCAUUCAACAUUUUCCAUUCCGUUGGAUGUAUUGGAAAAUUCAAUUUGUGGAUUUAACAAGCAAUCAUUACAAGCAGAAUUGUUUAGAGAAACAAAACUUAUAAUCUGGGAUGAAGUUCCUAUGCAGCAUAGACAUUGUGUUGAGGCAGUUGAUCGCACACUUCGGGACACUUGUGAUAGUGAAAAGCUAUUUUGGGGUAUCACUGUCGUUCUUGGUAGAGAUUUUCGACAAAUCUUACAAGUUAUAACCAAAGGAGUCCUGAGCAAAUUAAAUGCUAAUUUUGCAAAGUUCUUGAUGGAGAUUGGGACCAAUUCUCAAGAAAUUGUUAAACUUCCAUCAACAAUACACAAAUGCCAAGAUCUAAAAGACAUAAUCUCAGUAGUUUAUCCGCAACUAGAUGUGGCAAUGACAUCGACUGCAACAUUUUUAACUGAAUGUACAAUUCUUUCUGUACGGAAUGAUGAUGUCAGUGCUAUCAAUAUUGCUGCAUUGAAUAUUUUUCCCGAUAACACAUAUACUUAUUUGGCAGCAGACAAGAUGUCUGAAGAUGAUGAAAUUGAUUAUCCUCCUAGACUACCGGCUUUUAAGAUAGAGUUGAAAGUGGGUUGUCUUAUAAUGUUGUUAAGAAAUAUUGCACUAAAAGAUGGACUGUGCAAUGGCAUAAGAUUGAUGGUUUCUAGAUACAAUACUCGCAUAAUUGAAGCUCAAAUUUUAACUGGAGAAAAAUUUGGCAAUUUGGUAUUCAUUCAAAGGACAUCCUUUAUACCAUCUUCUUUAGAAAUGCCUUUCCGAAUGACAAGACAUCAAUUUCCAGUUCGAUUGGCAUAUGCCCUGACUAUUAAUAAAUCUCAAGGUUGGAGUUGA